CGUAUCUUACCGCUGACUCGGCGGAAACCGUGUAUUGUUAUCUCUAAUUUUUUUUUUCUGCGCACCUCCUCAUUGUGAAAUUCAUUGAUAUCGUUGAAAACCUUUUCGACCACAUUAUCUUGAAUUCAUAUUCGUCGUCAAUUUUUGCACGCGAGAUCGAGUGCAAUCGAAUGUCGCCGUUCGAUCCGCGAUCGCGCUCGGACCGCAGAAUAAUCCGCGAAUAACUAAUCAAAACAUCGAAUUUUUUUCCGCGCGUGUUUUCGUAGAAAGUUUCCAAGUUGUGCCAAGUGUGUCGAGACAGAGCCGUUAGAGUUCGAAUCAAAUUUGUGCCGCGUGACAUCAACGAUAAGUGAUUCCCCGUUUCGGACCCCAAGGUUCAACAAUUACGAAUCUUCGCAUCAUAUUAACGAAUGUGUCGCGCAGCUUUGACAAGUGACUUCGUCCAAUCGAAGAGAAAAACGGGAAACACGUGAGACUCAGCAUCGUGAGGGACAAUCGUGAUCGAGGUGGACGUUCAAACUCGCGCGUAAAUGCUUCGAAGGCCAUCGUCUUGGAACCAUUCGUCCGGUUGACAGGGAGCCGGGUUGGUUUCACUUCGAGAACGAGCCCAAAGACUGACUCUGCAUCGACCGAUACCCAGUGGGGGAAGAAGGAAGGCCGAGAGGGAUUAAGGUGAGGCGAAGAGGAACGAAGGGGAUCUAAGCGGCGAACGGUUGGUUGAAUCGCCAGGUCCGCGCAUGCUUCAGCAACGAGGCAGUUCAGUAACGACACCUCCCGCGACGUCAUCCUCCAACAUGUUCCCUCAACAGUAUUGCCUACGAUGGAAAUACCAUCACAGCAAUCUACAGACCAUGUUCUCACAGCUGCUCGAGCGGCAAGCUUAUUGCGACGUCACUCUGGCCUGCGAGGGCAAAACUCUCAGAGCGCACAAGGUGGUUCUGUCAGCGUGCAGCACGUACUUCGACACGAUUUUGUCCCAGUACGAGGAGAAGGACCCCAUUGUCAUAAUGCGGGACGUCAAGUUCUCAGACAUCAAAGUGCUGGUCGAGUUCAUGUACAAGGGAGAGAUUAACAUCGACCAUACGAGAUUGUCGUCCCUGUUGAAAACCGCGGAGGAUUUGCACAUCAAGGGUUUGGCCGAGGUAAGCUGGCGUAGCGAUUCGACGCAAAAUGAUCUAGGAAAUAGCGGUCACAGUCCUGGGGCGGCGACUCCAGGUGUCGAGACGGUCCUCAGGGAAGGAGACGCCGACGAACCGCCACCUCCAAAGCAGAGACGCAGAGGGCGCCCGCCUCUGGACGAUCCACCCUCGUCUCAUGAUGUCUUCACACCGAAAAUCACAUGUAUCACCGGAAAUGUACGUCAAUCACCGAGAGAUUUCUUUGACGCGCCUGUUCAAACCUCCUCGAUUUCCCAGGAGGAAAUGAUGAGCGAAGGCGGUGACCACGAGAGUUGGGACGACGAAAUGAUGAUGAACGAAAAUAACGAAACGCCACUGCCGGUGCUAUCGUACAUGUCCAAGGAUGACAACGCGUCCGACCAGGAAAAGAAAGCGCCUACCACUCCCUCGAAUUCCAACGCCACGAACCCAUCGAUCCCCGAGCAAUUCCGAGACGUCGUGAAGAUGAACGAUUACCUGACGACGGGACGCCGCCAAGAGUUCUGGGAGGAGCCGUUCACGCGACGCGUUAUGGACGCCAUUAAGAGCAAAGAACUGGAAAUGAAGACUGCCGCCGAGAUACUCGGCGUGUCCUACGGAACCCUCUACGGCAGAUAUCGCGACAGUUAUGGUUGCCUUAAACAUCCGUACAGAGUAAGGGACUUUUGGUCAGAGCCGGGGCCGGCGGAGGUGUUAGCCAAACUACGAAGAAAGGAGAUCACGUUGUUCCGUGCAGCCGAGUUCCUUAAUGUGACCGUCCAUACGUUGGCAACCUAUCUGUCGACGCUACAAGGCCCGGACAGAAUUUCGUUGGCCGGCGACUUGAGCGUUGCGUCGGGCGCGAUCGACGGGAACAACGAGACGGCCGAGAACAAUGAGUCCGUGAACGACAUCUUGCAAAAGAUCAACGCGAACGCGGCGACCACAGCGACACCUACCACCUCGACACCUAUCAAGAGAGAAGGAGGCGGUUACAUCGAGGUGCCGACGCCCGUCCCGAAACCAGCGACCUCUGUGCUCGAGAACAAUCCAGACAUCACGAUCGUAAAGACGGAGAGCAUGCCUCGCAAGCGGGAGUACGCGAAAGUCUCGAACACGGAGAACAACAAUGCGAAACUGAUGAGUGGUGGCGCUGUGAGCGAGGUGACGCAACAACAGCAACAGCAGCAGCAAAAGAUCACCGAUCCGUUGUCGUUGAACAAUGACAACAGCAAACCCUAACUAUUCAGGCCUUAUCUGCAACCGGCAAAUCCCCGUGCACCGAGCGCUAACUACAGAUCCGAUCUGUGCCCUCGAAGAUUCUACUCGAACGUGUUUACUCGCUUCCUUACGAAUUUUCAUUUGAAGUAGAAGAAGAGGAUGGUGAAACGCGUUGUCCAUGUAAUUAUUUUCUCCGUCGUGAUAUCAUCGACAGUUUUGCCCUUCGUUCCGUUCCGUGGCGCUCCACCCAGCCCGCGCCAUUCAUUGUAGCUUUAGACAAUCUCGCGUGUACGAUCGUCGAUCAUCGUGGCAUAGGUUGAGGAGUUGCGUCCAACGUUGGGCAAAACUGGGCCGCGAGUAAACGAGGGUUAAUAUAACGGAUCUAAACGGCAUACAUUGUCGACGAAAACCUCGCGAGGCGAGGAUUUGUGUUCGGUGAUCCUGCCUUCCUCCGGGAUCCGGCUCGAUUUCUAUCCCGUUGCACGAAAGCAACGCAAGCCGCGUAUAUUUUCCGAAUGAAACGAACAGAGUGCGUCGAACUAUAGAGAACGAUUCCUUCUUAAGAGUUAGUACCUAGCGAUAUACGGUUCUUCGUUACUUCAAAAUUGGUUCGCUUAAUCCAAAGUCGGUAGCGAUUAUUGAUCGUGUUUGGCCUUCGUGACAAGGAACAAACAAAGAAGAAAGGGAAAAACAAAAAGGAAGAAGAGAAAUGAAUGAAAGAAAGAAAGAAAGAAAGAAAGAAAGAAAGAAAGAAACGUGUAAUAAAGUUCAAUCGAAGUUCCUUUUGAAUAACGAUGUAGGGUGUAUCGCGAAAAGAAUGCCUAGACUAUUUUCUGCCGCAUGUGUCUGUAUGGUAGCACGUAAAGAGCGACAAUAUUAAUAUUCACCCGUAGACCCGUCAGUAUAGCGAUCCCAGAGUAACAGUCCUUCGAGAAUAGAUAUGUUUCUCGUGCGGUUGUUCGUUUUCAAACAAAUAUUGCACGAGCGUAUAUUUCAACGAUUGUAUGAAAAUACACUUUUGCAACGGGAGCCUUAAAUCCUUUGAGUGCUAAAAA